AUGAACACAUCUGAUUCGAAGUCCAUCGUCAGCGACACGUCGCAUAGCUCGGUGUCUUCGAAGUUGAAGACGAUCUACCGCAAAAUAUCGCAAAGGAAAACAACGAAGCAGCCGUCACUGCGCUCGCCCAAACCGCUGAAGGUAGAAAAUCACUUCGGCCUGAUUAAGCUACAUGAACCGAAUGACACAACGAGUGUCAUUGCGGACAUCAUCUUCAUCCACGGGCUAGGAGGUGGUUCCAGUACAACAUGGGCCCACAACUCCGACCCUGACUAUUUCUGGCCGCACAAAUGGCUACCUCAUGAUGGGGCAUUCGAAGGGGUUGCUAUUCACAGCUUCGGCUACGACGCCGAUUUUACAGCAAGAAACCCUAAUUUCAAGUCGAAGAACGUUCAGCCACUGAACGUUGACACGUAUGGGCAGUCUCUUGUCGAGGAUCUGUACAACCAUCCGACGAUCAAGAAUCGUGCCACGCCCCUAAUCUUUGUAGCGCAUAGUAUGGGUGGCUUGGUCCUGAAAAAGGCCUGCAUUGUCCUCCAGACAGACCCUAGGUAUUCUGAUACCAGACCGCGCUUGCAUUCGUUCUACUUUUUGGGAACUCCUCACCGCGGUGCAGAGCUUGCGGACAUACUGGGAAAUAUUUUAUUGCUCUCGGUUGGCAACAAAAGCUACGUCCAAGCUCUCAGACCUCACUCGGACCUGAUAGCAAGCCUUCACGAUCAAUUCCGGCACCACUAUGACGGAAUUCAGAUCCAUACCUUCUACGAAACAAAACCUGUGGUCAGCAUGGGAUUUCGAAGCAUUGUAGUUGACAAAGAAUCUGCCACAUUAGGCUACAAGGAAGAGGUUCCUCAGCUACUGAACGCCGACCACAUCAAUCUCACCAAGUUCACUAGUAAGGAUGAUGCCAAUUAUCGCACUGUACGAAACAAGUUGGCGAAGACGAUGGAUGGCAUAAGACAGAUGAACAAUACCCAAAUCGGUGCGUCAUCCUCGAUGAGACCGGAAUCCAAGUCUAUCAAGUUGCAACUCGACACUUUACGCACGUAUCUGGGCAUCGAAACCGAUCCGGCCGAUGCGCUCUCCAAAAUUCCCGACACAAGGGUAGCGGGAUCCUGUAGUUGGCUCACGAACUCGGUAUCAUACAAAAGCUGGCUCGAUUCACCCUCGCCACGAUAUUUCUGGUUGGAAGGAGCACCGGGAGCAGGCAAAACCAUGCUGACUACACAUGUCAUUGAAGAUCUCCGUGAAGCUCCAGCUUGCUACUACUUCUUUGAAGGUGGCGAGAGUUCUUCGUCCAACCUGGGAAGUUUCUUGAGCUCGAUGGCAUAUCAGAUGGCUCUGGUCAACCCUGACGUGAGAGUUGCCCUGCUCGGACUGGUCCAACAAGGCAUCAAACUCACCACUCGUAAUUUCCGCUCCUUGUGGCAGAGUGUAUUUGUGGGCUGCAUUUUCCAUCAGAAGUUCAAGGAAACUCACUAUUGGAUCAUGGAUGCCUUGGAUGAGUUCGUCGAUGGUGGCCCUGUUGAUGAGUACUUCUCCAUAAUCUCGAAGAUCGACGAGAAUAUUCCUCUCAAAGUCUUUGUCACCAGUCGACCUUCGAAAUCCCUGAGCAAUCUUUUCGGCAACUUACCAGUAAUUAUCAAGCACAUCGAACCGGAGGACUGCCUUGCCGAUAUACGUCUCUAUGUCCAAAGGCAAAGUCAUGGAUUACCUGCCAGCGAUGACAAUGACCGGCAAGUUUUGAUCGAGAAGGUGGUCGAACAAUCCGGUAGCAGCUUUCUAUGGACUAAACUCGUGAUGAAAGAGCUACAAGAUGUCAACACUACCGAAGAGAUAGGCGCGGUGUUGAGCGAAGUUCCUCAAGAAUUUCGAAAACUCUAUAUUCGCGACGUCUCUAGGCUGCUGUUGUCCAAUUCUAAAGCUCUCGCCAAAAUCAUGCUGACGUGGGCAAUGUGUGCCAAACAACCGCUGACGGUGGACGAGAUGAAGGAAGUCGUAUCGCUGGCAGGCAUGACUCUAGUCCGUGACCUGAGCCGUGACUUGCAACAUUUGUGCGGACAUUUUCUGGAGAUCGACAAGUUCGGUAGGAUACAGGUCGCGCACUCUACCGCUCGGGUGUUUCUGAUCAGCGAGGACUGCGAUCAAUACUUCCGCAUGGAUUCAGGUACAUCCAACCUCGCUGUUGCACUGGCAUGUUUGCAACACUUGUCGGAUGAAGCGUAUGCCAGAAGAAGAACCGGCGCAAUGCAGUCUCCUGUGGAACUCCCGAAACCCUUCGUUACCACCUAUGCUUGUGUAAACUUUACCUAUCAUCUGUCCAGAGCUAGUCCGACCUCACACGAGCUAUACGAAGCCGUUUCCAGCUUCUUCCAUAAGCGUCUGCUUUUUUGGAUCGAGGAGCUGGCGCGCUUGCGACGACUGGACUCCGUGGUCCGUGCAGCUAAACAUCUUUCUAGAUACCUCAACACGCUAUCCAUUCAUCCUUACGUUAUUCAAGAUGACUUGAGUCAAUGGGUUGUGGACCUGCCUCGUCUGGUCACACAAUUUGGUGCGAGUCUAUCGGAGAACCCUGCAGCGAUACACACUCUCAUGACUCCUUUCUGUCCGCACAGCUCCGCAAUCUACAAGAAGUAUGGACAAGACCACAACGGAAUCGAAUUGAUAGGAUCCUGGACAAUUGCUUGGGAUGACCGGACCGGUAGCAUACUAUAUCGUGAGAGACAACCCACCGCUCUGGCGUGUAUGGACCGACACUUCGCCGUAGGACUUGAAAAUGGGUCGAUCAUGCUUUACAAGACCGCAACAUGCGAGGAAUAUGCUAAUAUGAAGCAUGGCGAGUCCGUCAAGAUUCUUCGAUUCAGCAAUUCAUCGAAAUUUCUUGCCGCAGCCUCAUUAAACAGACUAAGCUUGUGGGACGUAGCUACAAAAACUCAACUGUGGAACAUCUCGACAACGUCAAGAACGCUCAGCUUGGCGUUUCGAGAAGACGAGUCGCAGCUGAUGGCGGCAACUGAAGCAGAAGUGCUUUCCAUGUGGCGAACAUCUAGCAUACACCUCGACGAGGAGCUCAGCUGGCAGAGCACCAAACUUGAUGACGGACAGGCAAAUAUGCCGAAGGCGCCUCCACAAGGUGUCAAGAUGUCCAUCGAGCAGAACAUUAUGGCAAUUGUCUACAAAUCCCGCCCACUGCAACUGUGGUCGAUUGAUCCAUGGAAGCCUUUGGGUCUUUGUGUCAGGCCUCAUGAGCAGAUGCAGCGCAGUAGUGGACAGGCAAUCCAUGCCGUCACUCUAAAUCCCGAUCCAUCUCUGUCGUUAGUAGCGGUUGCCUACUGGGAUGGGACAAUGAUUUUAUACAGCACAAAAACACGCAAAGAGCUCGAAAGUGUCGACGCGCUAGUUCAUCGGCUGUGUUCUUCGCCCAACGGACGUAUACUGGCAGGAAGCGACAACGACGGCGGUAUCAACCUCUAUGACUUUGAGUCGCUCCAGUUGAUACAUCGCGUUCGACCUCGUGAGGACCCAGCCAUCGACCUGGUGUUUACCAGCGACAACCUGCACAUCAUUGAUGUUCGAGUAAGCCAGCUAAAUUUGUGGGAACCUGCUGUGCUUGCUAGCCGGGAUAUCGAUUCAAACUCCAGUGAACCCGCAGGCUCCUUAUGCCCUCUUGACGACAACGCUACACUGGUUCGAGCUGAGGACCUAGCCAUCAUCACUGCUUUGCGCUGCUGCAACGAGACCCGACUCGCGUUUUGCGGAAGAAGUAAUGGCAAUGUCGAUGUUUGCAGUCUAAAUGAUCCCGUGAAGACACUCCAGCCACUCUACAAGCAUCAGGGCACUUCCAAGACCAUCACCAAGAUCGAGUGGAACCCGACUGCAAAGAUCUUGGUUAGUGCAGAUUCAUCUGGCACUUUCCGUGUGAUGCAGCUUGCGUCAUCUUCAGGUGGUAUUUGGAGUGCAAAGCUUCUCUUCCGAGACCAGCUUGGACCUGGAGUCCCCAUCAGCCAGAUGGUAAUUCAACCAGAUGGAUCAAAGCUGCUAGUCUCGUCACCUGAAGCGGACUCAACUUGGUCAAUCAGGGAAAAACAGAUUGUCGCUUACCAUGAGAGGCAUGAGAGACAUGAGACACACUCGUGGAAAUGGCUUCUUGAUCUAUCAGAUGAAUCACGACUGAUUCUGGUCGAAGACUCGACCCUAAGCUUGCAUAGCUGGGCGAACCUGGACGCCUUGCCAAUGUCCCUCGGGCCGCCCUCCUUGGCAAGUGAACAGCCUCACGAUCGUCUGGAUGUUGAUAGCAUCUCCAUCACCAGCAAGCACAACAACCUUGUUUUCACACACAAAUCACAAUUGUCGCACAGUCCCGGCGAAAGCAAUGGCACCAGAAUCUCUGUCCUGGACUUAUCGCUCUUAUCAGACAACAUCCACAGCAAACUUCCCUCGAAUCAUCCACUCAUACGACACAUCACAGACAUACCCAAUAUCGAGAUGACACUCGGCACAAUACGCAAGUCCGACUCUUCCUAUCUCCUCUUUAUCUCUACCACAGGCUGGAUAUGCUCGGUGAAGCUCGAUGACACUUCCUCAGCAGGAGAUAUCCAGAAGUACUUCUUUAUUCCAUCGAUCUGGAGAAGUGGUAAUUCUGGAAUGAGAGCACGCAUCAUGAAGGAUCACAGUAUUGUGUUUGUGCAUAAUGAAGAGAUUGUGAUUGUGCGGGAUGGACUAGAGAAUCCUUUCUUUGAAGAUUCGUAG